CGCUGUACAAUAUUGGAGACAUGGUUCAUGCAGCACGAGGCAAAUGGGGUAUUAAAGCCAAUUGUCCAUGUAUUAACCGGCAGAACAAAUCAGUGUUGAGACCAGCUGUCACUAAUGGAAUAUCACAGCUUCCGACUAUAAAUCCUAGUGCAUCAGUCUCUGGAAACGAGAGCACCUUUUCCACUGGAACAGGGACAGCAGGAGUGGGGCAACUAGAAAUGGACACUGUUCCAAAAUCUGAAGCAACUGAUAGUAGGAUAGAAGAAUCUGCAAAAACAGAGACAUUACCAACCAAUAACACUGUUGAAAUAAAGACUAACAGAUCACUUUGUCCAGAAACAGCUCCAUCGUCAGCCUUACACUGGCUUGCGGAUUUAGCAACACAAAAAGCAAAAGAAGAAACUAAAGAAUCAGGAUCACUGAGGUCAGUGCUUAAUAAAGAAUCCCAUUCACCUUUUGGAUUGGAUUCCUUCAACUCCAGUACAAAGGUUUCCCCACUAACCCCAAAGCUGUUUAAUAGCCUCUUGUUGGGCCCAGUGACAUCUAGCAACAAAGCUGAAGGCUCCAGCCUCAGAGACCUGCUACACACAGGGCCAGGAAAGCUUCCUCAGGUCCCAUUAGACACAGGAAUCCCCUUUCCUCCGGUCUUUUCUGCAGCUUCUACGGGGGCCAAAGGUAAAGCCAGCCUGCCUAACUUCUUAGACCAUAUCAUUGCUUCUGUGGUGGAAAAUAAGAAGACAUCUGAUGCUGCAAAACGAGCUAGUAAUUUAGCUGACACACAGAGAGAGGUGAAGGAAAUGGUAAUGGGCUUAAAUGUGCUGGAUCCACAUACUUCCCACUCUUGGCUGUGUGAUGGUAGACUCCUUUGCCUUCAUGAUCCUAGCAACAAAAACAACUGGAAGAUCUUCAGGGAGUGCUGGAAACAAGGCCAGCCCGUGCUGGUAUCUGGUGUCCAUAAGAAGUUGAAGUCAGAGCUUUGGAAGCCAGAAGCUUUCAGCCUGGAAUUUGGAGAUCAAGAUGUAGAUUUGGUGAACUGCAGGAACUGUGCCAUAAUUUCAGACGUGAAAGUGCGUGACUUCUGGGAUGGCUUUGAGAUAAUAUCUAAACGGCUCAGAUCAGAUGAUGGUCAGCCAAUGGUACUAAAGUUAAAGGAUUGGCCUCCAGGGGAGGACUUUAGAGAUAUGAUGCCUACAAGGUUUGAGGACUUGAUGGAAAAUCUUCCUCUUCCUGAAUAUACCAAGAGGGAUGGCAGACUGAAUUUGGCUUCUAGGCUGCCAAGUUACUUUGUCCGUCCUGACUUGGGUCCCAAAAUGUACAAUGCCUAUGGCUUAAUUACUGCAGAAGACAGACGAGUUGGUACCACAAACCUGCACUUGGAUGUAUCUGAUGCUGUUAAUGUCAUGGUGUAUGUUGGGAUUCCCAUUGGGGAAGGGACCCAUGAUGAUGAGGUUCUGAAAACAAUUGAUGAGGGAGAUGCUGAUGAUGUAACAAAGCAGCGAAUCCAUGAAGGAAGAGAGAAACCUGGAGCAUUGUGGCACAUCUAUGCUGCCAAGGAUGCUGAAAAGAUACGGGAACUUCUCCGGAAGGUUGGAGAAGAACAAGGCCAAGAAAAUCCCCCAGAUCAUGACCCCAUUCAUGACCAAAGUUGGUACUUGGACCAGACUUUACGUAAGCGACUCUAUGAUGAGUAUGGUGUACAAGGCUGGGCAAUAGUGCAGUUCCUUGGAGAUGCUGUGUUCAUUCCCGCAGGUGCUCCCCAUCAGGUCCAUAAUUUGUACAGCUGCAUUAAAGUGGCAGAAGAUUUUGUAUCUCCAGAACAUGUGAAGCACUGCUUCCGUCUGACCCAGGAGUUCAGGCACCUGUCUAAUACUCACACAAACCAUGAGGAUAAACUGCAGGUGAAGAACAUUAUCUACCAUGCAGUGAAAGAUGCUGUUGGCACACUGAAAGCUCAUGAAUCCAAACUAGCUAGAUCGUAGGAAUUGCUAAUUCCAAAUGCCCUGUGAAGUAAGACUUUUGCUCACAGUAUAUACAGGGACUGCACAUGACUGCCUCUGCAGGAGCAGAGGCUUCUCACUAAGAGCUGGUGUGGUCAGUAUUACACACACUCUUCAGCCACUGUUUUCUGCUCUGCCUCAACACUGAAGGUCUAAUGGAAGGUCGCACUGUUACAUGCAGAAUUCCAGAUUCUAACAAGAGGUGCCAUGUCCCUUUCCUGUGGCCUUUUGCAAUUGGAAGAACAUGGAAACCACUUGGUGUUCCUGCAUAUUAUGAUUAGAAAUGGUAUAAAGAGUGUGGAUGGUUUUUUUUUUUUCCUCAUGCCUAGUUAGUCUCCACAAAGUUAGAAGGAAUGUGCUGGAGGUGGGUUGUCCUACUGCAGACUUAGUUGAUAGCUGCUGAAGGAGUGUGACCAACGGUAGCCCAACUGCAGAAAUUUAAGCAAACUUCCCAUGUGAGAUACAGGCCAAGGAAAAGAAUAAAGCUAUUCUCUGCACUCCCCUUCUUGUAGCCGUUUCUCUAUACACUGUAGAGUUGCAGAAAUAAAGGGAGAACCCACUUUUUUUUCCCCAGGAGACUCCAGAAAUAGGAGAAUUGUGUAUUUAGUGAAAAACUAGGUUUGUAGUGAAACAGUUAAUAUUUCAUGAAAGUAGAUAUUUUUAGUAUUUUUGAAGUACCACAACUGUUCCUGGAUUUUCAAGGAAAGGCGCAUUACAUUUAGUCUUCCUUUCAAUAAAAUCAAGAAGUGAUUUUUAGAAAGCAGUCCAAAAUAGCACAAAAACAGCCAAAGGAGAGUGAAUAGAAAUUGACACCCCACUUCCCUUCCCCAUUUUCCUCACCCAUCUUCCCCCCCUCUCCCUACACCACCCUGCUUCCUCAGAAUGAAAAGUAAAAAGGAGUAUAAACUCUGUUCUCAUGUGGAGAUGUUGUACAUCUCUCCCUGCACUGGUGACUGCAGGCAAUAGUUCACCCGAUACCAGUGCUAGCUGAAAACAUCUGUCCUUUCCAAAGUGAAGGAAAAGUUAACUUUCAGUGUCAACUUUGUCCAGAACUAUUUUCAGUAAAAUGUUCCUGCUUGAUAGAACUGUAUUCAGAAUUUACUAAUGUCAGCAUUGAUGCAAUGGAUUUCAUUGUCCGGGUACAUGGGGAAAUGUAUCUACCUUAUAUCCAGCUGUACUGUAGUGCCACCUGCAGGCCUGUUAAUAUGUUCACGGUUAUUUCAUUUUUUAAAAAAUAAAAGUCAUUUACUGUAA